CAUUCAUCAAAGGUUCAAGAUGGCUUCGGACGCAGCGGAAAAGCAGAUGCGGGUUUUACCCCUUUUUGAAUACUGUGCACUGCCGACCAAAACGAAAUUCGGUUUACGGGUGGAAAGAGACCCAAAACUCCAAGGAUUAGGUAUUCUAGGUAGAGGACGACUUUUCUCUACUUUCCACCACGACCAUCUCGUAGAAGCCAACAAACUCGCGGAAGUCCUCCUGGGUGCUGAAACAUUCGAUGAAUUCGUCGAUUUGUGCCACCAGGCUCGUGACUUCGUCAAUGAGGGACUGUACGUCUACGCAGUGUCCGUAGCUAUCUUGCAUCGUAAUGACUGCCGAGGUGUCUCACUGCCUCCUGUCCAAGAAGUCUUCCCUGACAAGUUUUUCCCCGUGGAGACAAUUUACAAAGCUUUUAAAGUCGCUAACAGUCACCCAGACAAAGAUGAUGAAAUCGUUGUGGACGUGGAAGCAACAGGAAAUAUCUUAGACCCUGAAUAUAAUCUUGCCUACUACAGAGAAGAUGUUGGAAUUAAUGCGCAUCAUUGGCACUGGCAUCUUGUGUAUCCUAGCACCUGGAAUGCCGCAGUCACAGGAAAGGCUAAAGAUCGCAAGGGAGAGAUCUUUUACUAUAUGCAUCAGCAGAUGUGUGCCAGGUAUGACUGUGAGCGUCUGUCUAACGGACUUCCUCGAAUGAUCGCGUUUCAUAAUUUUGAUGAACCCUUAGAAGGAUAUUCUGCCCAUCUUAGUUCAAUCGUCAAUGGACUGCCAUAUGCAUCUCGUCCAGCUGGUAUGAAACUUCACGAUAUCGAGGGCGUAGGUGUUCAAGAUUUGGACCGAUGGAGGGAAAGAAUUUUGGAUGCCAUCAAUUUAGGUUAUAUCACAGAUGCUGAAGGUCGUGAAACAAUUCUGGAUGAAACACACGGAAUUGACUUUUUGGGAGACAUUAUAGAAUCCAGUCACGAAUCGAAGAAUCCUGAAUUUUAUGGAAGUUUGCAUAACUGGGGCCAUGUGUUGAUGGCAAACGUGCUUGACCCAGAUGGAAGAUAUCAGAAUAACCCCGGCGUUAUGGAUGAUUCAGCAACUUCUCUUCGUGAUCCCAUUUUCUACAGGUGGCAUCGAUUUAUUGACGAUAUGUUCAACGAGUAUAAGAAAAAACUACACCCAUACACAAAAGAUGAUCUUGGUUUCAACGGAAUUGAAAUUGAACACGUGAAAGUGGUAGCUCAUCAAGAAAAUAUUGUGACAACAACUUUCGAGGAGGCUACAUUGGAUUUGUCAAAUGCAUUCAACUUUGGCAGGCAGGGGCCAGUAAAGAUUCGUUACCAACACUUAGAUCAUGAACCAUUCUCCUACGAAAUCGAAGUACAAAAUCAGACAACCAAGGUCAGACACGGAACGGUGCGAAUUUUCCUUGCUCCAGUCUACGAUGAACUAGGAAAUGUUAUUAAAGCUGAUGAACUGCGACGUCUUAUGAUCGAACUCGACAGGUUCCGUGUUAAAUUGGAACCAGGAGUUAAUGCAAUUUCUCGUUCAUCUCGAGACUCCAGCGUUACUAUUAGAAAGGAGAGAAAGUUUGCGCAACUACUGAGCGGAGAAGGAGCAGGUGAGCAUAUUAAUGAAUACUGUAGCUGUGGCUGGCCAGACCAUCUUCUCGUCCCAAAGGGAAAUGAUAAAGGAAUGGAGUUCCACCUCUUUGUCAUGGUCACAGACCACUUAAAAGAUCUGGUUGGUCAGCUUACAGACCAUAAGACCUGUGUAGAUGCAGUUAGUUAUUGCGGAGUAAAAGAUGAUCUUUACCCAGACCGAAGGGCUAUGGGAUUCCCAUUCGAUAGAACCAUCGAAGCAGAAGCUGUGAGAGAAUGGCUGCUACCAAACAUGUCAGUUACUACAGUAAAAAUUAUUCACCACUGAAAAUACGUCGUAAACCACAGAAAAUACUUCGUAAAUUGCACGUCAGAUUGUUUCUAAUUGAACUAAAAUUUUAAAUUAUUAUUUGCCAUAGCUAAAUUUAUUCAAACAUUCAUAUGCCUACUGAAAAAUUGUAAACCCAAAAUAAAGUUUUUUAAAUGCAGAA